AUGUUCAUAUUUUUAUCUCUCUUUAUCUUGCUAAUCGAAACUCUAACAGCUACAACAAGCACUGUAAAUAGUCCAACUACAUUCUCCUUUAUUUCUUUUAGUCCUGAAAGUUGCAACAAUGGUGAAUUGCUUUGUAUGGGUUCAGCCACUUCAGGAAAUGGUUAUAUAAGUCUCACACCAGAGCCAGAGACAGAACAAAGCAACAGUUCAGAUUCUAUGUUUGGGACAUCUGACAUAGCUAACAAAGUAGGAAAGGUUUUGUACCCUCAUCCAGUUCAUGUUUGGCCGGCAAUUAUCACUACUACAUUCACUAUUAGGAUCACGCCGUUCUUGAAAAACUCGACCAGCUCGGGUGAUGGAAUUGCACUAGUAUUUGCACAAGAUAAUAGGCCUUCUCCAAAUGAUAGCUAUGGUUCCUAUCUUGGUAUGUUUGAUAGGUCUACACAAGAUGAGAGUUUUCGACAGAUAGGUGUGGAGUUGGACACAUUCAUGAAUGAAUUUGAUCCAGAUGGAAACCAUAUUGGUAUAGUCACAACAAGCAUCACAAAUCCAAUUGCUUUUAGUAGUAUCAAUAGCACUGAUGUUGAUCUCAAAAGUGGAAGAAACAUUAUGGUUAAAGUUGAUUAUAAUGGCUGGACUAAAAUGAUUUCUGUCUCGACCGGAUACUCAAAUAGUCAAUUAAAGAGUGUUCUUAACCAUUCAAUUAACUUACCUGAUAUAAUUCCGAGCUCCGUUUAUGUUGGUUUUACGGCCUCAACUGGAAAGACUUUUCCUGAAACUCAUCAAAUCCUAAAUUGGUUUUUCACAUCAGUGCCAUUGCCUGUUCUUUCUGUUAAACACAGUGCUAUUGGAAAACUCAAGUUCUUGUUCAUAAUUGUUUUACCAUUUCUUGUGUUAGUUAGUUUACUUUCUGUUAUUUGGGAAGCUUGGAAGAGAAGAUAUGAGAAGGGUGACCGGAAAGAGGACAUUGAAAGCCUAUCAAGGACGGCUGCAGAUGCGCCUAAGAUGUUCCGUUACAAGGAACUGUCAAAAGCUACUUGUAAAUUCAACAAAGAAAAUCUUGUAGGAAGAGGCGGGUUUGGAAGUGUUUAUAAAGGGUUCACGGUGGAAAAUGGAAAAACUAUUGCAGUAAAGAAAAUUUCCGCAACCUCUAAGCAAGGUGAAAGAGAGUUCUUAGCUGAAAUAUGUACCAUCGGUCGUCUUCGACACAAAAACUUAGUCCAACUCCAAGGAUGGUGCAAUGAAGGCAAAAAUCUUCUCUUAGUUUACGAUUACAUGCCAAACGGAAGCCUUGAUCACUUCAUAGGCAAGGACAUUCUAGACUGGCAAACAAGGCACAAGAUAUUAACAGGAUUAGCAUCAGCAUUACUUUACCUUCAUGAAGAAUGUGGAAAUCCAGUAGUUCACAGAGAUGUUAAACCUAAUAAUGUAAUGCUUGAUUUUAAUUACAAUGCUCAUUUAGGCGAUUUCGGACUCGCAAGGUUACUAAAAAACGAAGACUCAGUAACUACAAACUUAGCUGGAACACCAGGCUAUUUAGCACCUGAAAUAGGCUUCACAGGAAAAGCUACACCUGAAUCAGAUGUUUAUAGCUUUGGUAUGGUUAUACUUGAAGUUAUCUGUGGGAAAAGGUCGAAAAGGAUAAUGGAAGAUAAUAGUUUGGUGGAUUAUGUAUGGAAUUUACAUGCUCAGAAUCAAAUUCUUGAGUGUGUUGAUCAACAACUGAAAAGUAGUUUUGAUGUGGAAGAAGCUAAAAGAGGUUUGAUGGUUGGAUUGGCAUGUUUGCAUCCAGAUUCAAUGUUUAGGCCAAAGAUGAGGAAAGUUGUGCAUAUUUUUUUGAACCGAAAUGAGCCUUUGAUGGAAUUACCUGAAGUGAGACCUACUGGAGUUUAUGUAUCGGUUUCUUGUACAUCAAUCACAGACUUUGUGUCUAGAACUGAUCAGUUAGAGCUUCAAUCAUUCACUACAUCUAUGGACAAUAUUCCAACUUGUAUGGAGUAUGACCAAUAG